AUGUGGCUGCAUGUGCCAGAAAUAAGACGCAAUCUUAUUUCAGGGCCGCUUCUCAACAAGGCAGGAAUGAAGUUACUUUUUGAGUCUGACAAGCUUGUAGUUCUGAAAAAUGAUGUAUUUGUGGGCAAGGGGUAUCUUAGCGAUGGUUUAUUUGUACUAAGUGUUUCUGAGAUAAUAAAAGAAAAGCCUAGUGCUUAUUCUGCUUACUUUAUUGAUUAUUAUGAUUUAUGGCAUGGUAGAUUAGGUCACUGCAAUGCAUCUUAUAUUUCUUAUAUGCAUAAGAAAGGCUUAAUAGACAAUCAUAUUAAGCAACCAUUGACAAAGUGCCCCACAUGUGUGGAGGCAAAAUUCACUAAAAGACCACAUAGGUUAAUGGAACGACAAAGUGGCCUUCUUGAUUUGGUGCUUAGUGAUCUUUGUGACUAUAAGUCACUUGAAUCUAGAGGAGGUAAAAAAUAUGUUGUUACAUUCAUAGAUGACCACUCUAGAUUUACCAUGGUUUACCUUCUUAAGUCCAAGGAUGAAGCAAGUAAUGCUUUUAUAUCCUAUAAGGCAGAGGUGAAAAAUCAAUUAGGGAGGAAAGUGAAAAGGCUUAGAACUGAUAGAGGUACUGAAUACUCUAAUCUUUCUCAGUUUUGUGAGGACCAUGCUCACAGUACUGCAUAUCGAUUUAUGGUUAUUAAAACCAUAGAUGAUGUGUUUGACGAAAAUGAUAUCAUUGAGUCAAGGGAUGCAGAAUUCUUUGAGAAUGUAUUUCCUCUUAAGUCUAACCUAUUAGAAAGGAAGGUUGAUAGUAGUGUAUCAUCUUUUGGCCAAGAAGUGUCAAAGAAUAUUGAACCUAUAUCUAGUGAUUCAAGUCAAUUACGGAAGAGUAAAAGGCAAAAGAAAGCUACUUUUUUGGAUGGUGAUUGGGUUGUCUAUCUUUUAGACAAUGAUCCUUUAUCGUAUAAAGAAGCGGUGACAUCUUUAGAUGCCGUGUUUUGGAAAGAGGCCAUCAAAAGUGAACUAGAUUCCAUUUUAGCCAAUCACACAUGGAUAUUAGUUGACUUUCCUAAAGCGUUUCUAAAUGGCGACUUGGUAGAAGAAAUAUACAUUAAGCAACCUGAAGGUUAUGUUGUGCCUGGACAAGAACACAAGGUGCUUGUAUACGCCGAGCUCCGAGCUCUGAAGGCAGAACAUUAUAGGGCUGUUGCUGCCCCAUCUGGAGCCGCAGGUGGUGGUGCUGCCGCUGCAGCUACAGCUGCUCCUGUAGUUGAGGAGAAGAAGGAGGAGAGUAAUGACGAUAUGGAUUUAGUCAUCAAUCUGAGGAUUCCAUUGCUACCUGCUCCCCAAAAGAGGGCUCGGACGUUGCAGCGGUGA